AUGUCAGCACCCGCACCCGCAUACAAAUCUUCACUCGACGGUACCACCGUCAACAACGGAUCAUCACCCGUUGGAACAGGUAAAGCAACUCAAGGAGAAGAUGAUCUCCAUCGAUAUGUCACCGAUGAUCAACCUAGACAACCUAAGAUGACCGCUGCCGCUCCCAAGAAUAGCGAGGGGGGAUUGUUGACCGUCCAGCCUCUGAGAAAGAACGAGAUGCAACCCUCUUACGCUCAAGAUCUGGGUACAGCAUCGAUCCAACACGGUUUCUACGGAUCCAUGAUGAACGGGUUGGGAUCAUGUAUCGGUAACAUCGGUAUGAUCCCUUGUUGUCCUCUUCCUAAUCCUUUCCACAAUAUCGGUCAAGGUUCAGUCGGUCUGGUCAGCCGAUUUGGUCAAUUCUACAAGUCUGUCGAUCCUGGUCUUGUCAAGGUCAACGUUUGUACCGAAUCCGUACGAGUUGUUGACGUAAAGAUUCAACUUACCUCGGUACCCCGACAAACCGUUCAAACCAAAGACAACGUCUCAGUGGACGUUGACAGUGUUAUCUGUUGGCAUGUCAUCUCCCCUUACCGAGCUGCAUUCGGUAUCAACGACGUCAGAACCGCCCUUGUCGAGCGAGCUCAAACCACCCUCAGACAAGUCGUCGGUGGAAGAGUCUUGCAAAGUGUGAUCUCCGAUAGAGAGGGUCUCGCUUGUGAGGUUGCCGAGAUUAUCGAAGCCACAGCCGAGAAAUGGGGUGUGGCCAUCGAAUCAAUCUUACUUAAAGAUAUCAACUUCUCCGUUGAACUUCAACAAUCAUUAUCAUCAGCAGCUACUCAAAAGAGAAUCGGUGAAAGUAAAGUUAUCGCUGCUCGAGCCGAAGUCGACGCUGCCAAAUUGAUGAGACAAGCUGCGGAUAUCCUUGCUUCUCCCGCUGCCAUGCAGAUCCGACAACUUGAAGCCUUACAAAACAUGGCUCGAUCAUCUGGAAGUAAAGUUGUCUUCGUCCCUAUGAACCUCGGUGGAAUGGGUGCAGCAGGAAUGAACGGUGAUGUAGCUCAUCAAAUCGCUGCGUCGGCUCAUGAUGAGCAUCAUAAUGCGGAAGCCGGACCUGGACCAGCUACCAAUGCGGGAUUGAUCAGCUCGAUGGCCAACGUCUAA